ACCGCCCGGCAACUAUAAAUAAGGAGAGGUUGCGUAUUGCCACAUAGUUUCUAAACGAGUCUGAAGAGGUAAAGCUUAGGUGGUCAACGGGCAGAAAGAACUUCGGGUCUAUCAGAAGAAUAUUAUCCCAUCCGAAGGAAGAGACCUGAGGAAAAAGUUGGUCAUCUUUUAAACAUAGCUGAGCCACGGUGAACUGAAUGAUUUGACAUAGGCUUCUAGCUGCAGUGUACGCGCUCCGCCAUGAAGUCCACUUUCCUGAUCCUUCUCGCAUUUGCGGUCUGCAACCUGAACGUGAAUCUCUGCCAGAACAUCCCCGAUGAGGAAGAUGAGGGGGCUCUGCAGAGAGCAGAGACUCUCCUACUUAGAUCCAUCCUGAAGAAGAUAGAGGAUGACAGUAGUGACAACGAACAAGUCUCCUCUCUGCAAGAGUGGGUCUCCAAGAGGCAACACCCGGGCAAAAGAUACGAAGAUGAUCUUGAAAAGCGGCAACAUCCAGGAAAACGAGAAGAGGAGGAGGAAGGAGAUUAUUCAGAUCUCCAAAAAAGACAACAUCCUGGAAAGAGAGAGGAUGAGAUCGAACUGGAGAGGAGGCAGCAUCCGGGUAAGCGCUCGAUGCUGGAGCGGUUAACAGACACUUACGGCUCUCCAGCGACUUACCUGAACGGGUUUUCUAAACGACAGCAUCCAGGUAAACGCUACCUGGUGUACAAUAAGCGCCAGCAUCCGGGUAGGCGAGAACUUGAGGACGAAGUGAACGCCGACGAUCAAGCAGACCUGGAGAAACGUCAGCACCCCGGGAAAAGAUUUUGGGAUAACACGAGUCCUGAUUUCGGGGCCAGCGAUCCUUGCGAUACCCCGGAUCCAGCGAAAGGCUGCAGCAAAGCCGUAUUAUUACUCGAGCUGCUGGACAACGUGACCAAGAGCCGAGCCGAAGAGAAAAGGCAACAUCCCGGCAAAAGGUUCGCCCUGGAAGAUAUGACAGAACAGGAGUGAAACAAGGAAUAUGGUUUGCAGCCAUGCAAAGAACAAAUACUUCAAUUAAAUUUAAUAAAUACAAUUCCGUUAUAGUUAAUGUAGGAUGUUAAUUACCCUUAUUUUGGGCCACUUGAGUAAGGCUUGGUUUCUGUGGCAAAAUGCCCAACCAUUUAGAGUUUUUCCGCCACUAGUACGUACUUAGACCUAGUACGCGUCGCUUGCUGUGCAUUUACAGAAUAAUAAUAAGCUUUUAGGUGAGCAGAUUUUUGUUACCCUUAAAGUCAUUUGAUUUGUCGUUUACUUGUUUAAUUGCACAAGGAUGCACAUAUAUCUAUGAUAUAAUAAACAGCAAUUAUCGUGCCCUCUCGGUACAGUGUAAUCAUGUGUAAUUAUGAUAAUCAUCAAUAAAUUACACAUCUGUAUCUGGCCCGGAAAAUCGCCAUAUUAUGGAGUUAAAAUCGUCGAUAUGGCUCGCAAAAGAUUGUGUAGGCUAUUAUUCUUGAAAAUGUAAAUGGAUGAAAUUAAAAAGUGGGUAUACUGCAAAUAAAGGCAAUUAGAAAGGCGGGUUUGAUUGAGCACGUAGCCAAGGAGAUCGGGAAAAUCCUGGUGACAUUCAAAGAAGGUGUUAUGGCUGGCAGGAUCCCCCACGGCAGAAACGUGCGAUAACCGUAUGGGCAAUGUUUUACCCAAUUUCUUAUUAGGUCUUAAGUCUAUAAUGGAAUCAUAUUUGUACUGCCUAGAUGUAAAGCGCUAUAAUAUAUCCGUGCGUGUUCUAGUUUUCUGUAGACAGGCAGUUAUGUCUGAUGUCCCAUAAUAAUUUGACGAUUGUCAAAUAUUUCCAGUACCCUAUAUAUUUCCUAACUGUCUACGUUGUUACAGACAAAUGUGAUUUUUCUCUUUAAAAGUCUGGUUGCGGGCUCUUGCCAGAGAAACGAAAUUUCACACGUGGCCUUGGUCUUAAAUUCAGAUGUGCAAGAAAUAAACGAAUAUAUCUGUUGUCAAACCGCUUUAACAGCCCACUCCCAUGUAAAAUACAAAUGAACAAUAUUCUCCAGCAAAAUAAAAAUGGGUCUCUGAAUUAUUUUUUUACACCAAUGCUAUGACAUGAUAUACAGGCAUAUUUAUUGUGUAAAACAUUAUAGUUUAUUAAAGAUAAAUAUUGCUGUGUAAAUGAAAAACCUUUGAAAUGAUGUACAAUAAAGUUAAAUGCAGACUGGAAAAUGUCCAUGUCCAGUUAACAGCAUGGAAAUCCAGUCUUGCCUUGCAUUC